AUGCCUUCUUUUCCCUGGACUGACCCGAUUACAGACGAAUCCAUCCUUAACUUUGAUCAAAAUCCGCAUACAGACAGGAUCUAUAUGAAGUCGAAACUGCGUUCUACUAGGUCUGCCUACUCUCGGCACUCGUGUUCAACUCCGCCUAAUUUAGAUGAUCCAGAAUCUCAAAAAAUUGAUGUCAAUACACCCAUCGUGUUUCGUAGACGUCACACAGAAUGUAGUGAUGAUCGGUCAAGAAAUGCUAUUAUUGAUAGCGAUUUCUUUGUGGCUAAUUUGAAGCCAACGAAUGGACACCAUUUUUGCCCUAUUCCUCUAGAAUCAGAAACCUUUUGUGAUCUAUGCAGCCGACCAAUAUUUGGACUGGGAUGGGGCCCUGUUUGCCUAAGAUGUGCAGGGUGUCACUUUACCUGUCAUUGGUUGUGCAAGGAUAGAGUUGCAAGUCGUUGCGAUGGCUCAUUAAAUAAGUCCACCUCCGACUAUCCCUCUUUUGCUGAUUUGCAUAAUCUAACUAGCUUCGGCUCCACCGAUAUUCCUCAAACUGAUGUCUUUAACCAGUCUCCGAGAGGUCUUGCGAAGAGUUCCUCAUCUGACAAUAUUUAUGAUGCUGCCAUCACUCCAGUUUUAGCCGAUCCUAGAUCUGGUUCCAACGGCUGCAAAGACGGACAACUUUCAAAAGCUAAACUAGCUAGAUGCUAUGUUUCCAGCAGCCAUGGUGCUCAAACUCGGCCAUCUGUAAUUUCCUAUCUGACCAAUUUUGACCAGUCUCCUGCUCGUCAAAGCCGUGGAAGAUCUUGUCUUCAUACUACUCAUGCCAAUGGAGCUUUCCAGUAUUCUUGUUCGUCUUCAAUUGAGUCCAAAGAUAGUUCCAAAACAGACGAGAUGAUACCCUUGGCCUGUCGGCGAAUUGAGCAGACACAUCAGUGCAGACGUAUGUCACCAGAACCUCCAGAAACUUUUGAUUGGAUAAACCUAUCAUCAGGAUUAUCGAUCACGGAUGAUAACACUUUUUCACGGAAGCUGACUUCUUUUUCCCCUCAUUUGGAAUCUUUAGUUCAAAUGAGGCCUGAUUCUCAGUUCAGCCUCUUCUCAGGCAAGCUAACUGUGGUUUUCUAUAAAGUUUUUAUUUGUUUUUUUACUUGUAAUUUGGUAUUAACAUUCAAUUAUUAUUCCGCAUGCAAAUUCAUUUAA